AUGCAUGCGUCUUGUGAACGAUGUGAUGAUGUUCGUACUAUAUUUACCGAUUGUGAUAAUGACAAUAAACUAAAAUGGGUUGUUGCCGUACCUAAAACGGAAAAAUCAUGUGGAGAUAAAGAAGUACCACCACCAGAAUCUGUACCGUGCGAUUCACGAUGUGUGUCUGGUGAAUUUUUCGAUAUCAGCACACAGAAUUGUAACAAAUGUCCAAAAGGAACUUUCUCCAUCGGUGGUGGUGUUCGUUACACAUUUGAUCAAAGUAUAAAUUUACCAUCAGCUUUUACUGUGAAUUCUUACUCGAUUAGUGAUAGUGUGAUAGAUGAUUCUCCUUUUGGGAAUGACGAUGACGGAGAUGAUUACUCACCGCGAGAAACCGGUUGUGACCCGGUAGGAUGGACAAUCACUGGCAAUGCCAUUCGAUCAAAUACUCGUCCCAAUUGUGUCUCACAAUUAUUGCUAAAAACAACAUUAAUAAAUCGGGGUCACAUUAAAUUUAUUUAUAAUAUAGUUGGUGAUAGUUACGCUUUCCUUGAAAUUAAUUCGGAUUGUGGAGAUAAAAAACAACGGAAAAAGACCGAGCAAUAUUUUUUGAAAUCAACAGGAAAAGGUGUAUGGAAGGAGAUGGGGAAGGAUUUAGGAAGCAGUGGUCAAUAUCGACUCUCAUUUUAUGUUGUGGGUAUCAUCGAUGAUCAUUUUCCAGUAUCAAUAAAAUCAAUUGAAGUUGAUGACGAAGGUUCAUCUACAUGCACAGCUAAAAUGCCAUGUAAAGAGUCUGAUUUCCAAGUUGUUUAUUCAGAAUGUAAUGAAUUUAAUAAAGCCCGAAAAACUUACGUGGCUGUCGAGCCGCAGAUAUGUUACGAUAAACCUCCCAUUUCUGGUGAUGGAGAUGAGAUACAAUGCAAACCGUGUAACCGAGGCAUGUAUAAACUUCCAAAUGGCACUUGUUCAUUCUGUCCGGAUAAUACAUAUUCAGAUGGAACACUGACAGAUAAUAUGUGUUUUGGUAAUCAAAGCUGGAUUAUGAAUAUGGAAUAUUUAAGUUCGAAAAUAAUUGGUCGUACUUAUAGUCUUCUUAAGUUAGAAAUAGAAAGAGGUUUUAAAACUACAGUUAUCACUGAUUAUUAUGGUACAUUGUAUUUCAAAUUCUCAAUGACAUGUUCACUUCCGUGUGAAUUGUAUUUAACACAAUCUGAUUUGGAUAGUGACGAACUCAGUAUAAUUAACAGCUGGCAACAGAAGGCCAAUAAUGUUGGACAAAAUAAUACCAUUGAAUAUCAGUAUUCUAUUCGUGAAAAUUCAUCAGUAGCAUUUACUUGGAUAUUUGGUCGAAUGUCGUCAUCGGAUAAAAUUAGCAAAAAUGAUGAUAUUAUAGAAAUUCGUAUAUAUGAAAUACGUGUGACAAAUACAAUGGAUGGAGGAGCCGACAGUUGUGUUGCAUGUCUAAUGAUGGAUAAUAAUCAGCAAGGAUGUCGUGCAUGUCAACCAGGCUUCAUCAUUUCAAAUGGUACAUGUGUACGUUGUAAGGAGAACACAAUCGUCAGUAGUAAUAUAAGAUCGGAAAAGUACAUUGAUAGUCAAAUACAAAAGUGUGUUCAAUGUCCAAAUAAUACAAUUUCAAAUGACGGUAUUAAAUGUAUAAUUAACUGCAAACAAAUGUUUGGAACACAAUUUAAUUAUGAUUUAAGUCGAAUAUCGAGAGUUGAAUUUCAAAGUUCAAAACUAUUCUCAGAACUUGGCUAUGGUUAUUUUCAUAUGUUUAAUGCAAGUAUAUGUGGUUCUAGUAUUAGUAGAUGUGUAGCAAAUGAGACAUCUAAAGUGGGAAAAGAUCGUCGUAUAUCUGUUGAAUCACGACUAUGUCGAACACUAUUAACUACACCAAGUAAUAAUCUGACAAAUGGUAUAACAGUUGAUGAUUUUGGUGAAGAACUUGUUAAUGUUAGUUUAUGGAGUGAUUUAAAAACCUUUCCACUUUUAAAAACAGAUAAUAAUUUAUCAGAUUUGACACUUGUCUUUCGUGCUUCAUCAUCUAAAUCGGCGUGUAAUGAACGAAUUACAUUUCUAUCUUUACGUUGUGAUAAUCAAGUAGAAAAAGCAACAAAAUAUAAAGUGCAAUAUCCAGCCGAUUCCAACUGUGUUUCUGGUACAUGUGAUGGUUGUACAUUUCGUUUUCUUUUACGUACAAUAGAUGCAUGUCCCAUGUGUGAAGAGUCAUCUGGAUAUGACAUAUUUAGAGGUGAAUGUCAUCUAGGAAAACAACAAAUUAGAAAAACACCAAAAAGUUAUUGUACAGGACGACUCCAAGCACGUACUGAUAUUCAAAAAUGUUCUCUAUUAACACUAGAAAUAGAAAUUGUUAUUUUUAUUAGUCUAAUGAUCGCUAUUAUAUUAUGUGUAUCAUUGAUUUGUUGUUGGAAGAAAAACAGAACUUUACAAUAUCGAUAUAUGCAAUUGAUUGAAAAUGUAAACCCGGAUGAUGAUAAUCCCGUUGAUAACGUUUGUAGUACCGCUUUAGACGAUGAUGAUGAUGAAGAAAUUGAUAUGAAAAAACAAUCAAAAGCAAAAAAGCUAAUGAACGUGUUUAGUAAAGCAUUAAAAAAAAAUGAUAAUCAAUUGCGUGAAGACUUUCUAUUGACAAGUGAAGCAUAA